CUCCAGCGCUCAGUGUGGGUCUGUGAAGGUUGAUGAUUGGUUGAUGGGAGAUGAGAGUCUGGAGGCUCGCGCUUCAUACCCGUGUCCGAGUGUUUACACUCAGUACUCUAGACACAGAAGAGCGGCAGCGGCUUGACUAUGGCGCUCCACAGAUAACAGCGGAGACCUAACAACUAUGGCAUUAUAUUUAACGCGUGCGGACAACUUUUUCUACUCGUCCCAACAGGAAUAAAGCUGUCAAGUACUUUUGUUUUCGACUCGUUCGCGGAAAAUUCAGUUGUUUUCAAACAGUACCAAAGAAAACGCUUCGCGGCUUCAGUGGAGUUGUGAAUGAGAUGAACUUUACGCAGGUUGUUGGCUAUUUUGUGUCUCACUACGGAGGGAGACUGCGAUGUGCAUGACUGAACAUUUUCUGUAACUGUAAUUCAAAACUUGUCGCUUCGUGAUUUGGGGUUUUAUUAUAAACCACGGUGCACGGUUCUUUUGUAAGUUUGUGAAGUUUAAGGAGGAACCCGCCUCCAGGUUUCACACUAUAUUUGAAGUAUCCUUCUCAGAGGAUUCAGCGAGAGUUCAGCCGACUGGAGCGAGAGCACCUGGGGGACGUUUGGCAGUAGCGUGACCGGGUGAAGAUGCUCUCAGCGUGGAUACACCGCGACCAAUCUCCCGCUUCCCUGCACGGUUUAGUUCUACUCUUCGCAACCUUUGUGAUCCACGCAGAUGGCAGCGAUUACAGCGAAGUUCUCCCGGACUCAUUUCCGUCUGCCCCGGCCGAACCGUUGCCGGAAUUCCAGAGUGAGCCAGAGGACGCCUUCAUAGUGAAAAACAGACCUGUCAAACUUUCCUGCAAGGCUGCGCCGGCCACGCAGAUAUACUUCAAAUGCAAUGGAGAAUGGGUGAACCAGAACGACCAUGUGACCAAGGAGAGUCUGGACCCUAUCACAGGUCUAGUAGUGAGAGAAGUAGAUAUCUCUGUCUCCCGGACGCAGGUGGAGGAGUUGUUUGGACUGGAGGAUUAUUGGUGCCAGUGUGUUGCCUGGAGCUCGGCAGGCACCACAAAGAGCCGGCGGGCUUACGUCCGCAUCGCCUACCUAAGGAAGAACUUUGAACAGGAGCCACUUGGCAGGGAAGUGCGUCUGGAUCAGGAAGUCUUGUUGCAGUGUCGUCCACCAGAGGGCAUCCCGCCUGCUGAGGUGGACUGGCUGAAGAACGAAGAGCUCAUUGACCCGGCGCUGGAUUCUAACUUUCUAAUUACAAUCGACCAUGACCUAAUCAUCAAACAGGCUCGACUAUCUGACACGGCUAACUACACCUGCAUGGCUCGCAAUGUGGUCGCUAAGCGACGUAGCAGCACUGCCACACUCAUCGUCUACGUGAGUGGGGGCUGGUCAUCCUGGACAGAGUGGUCAGAGUGCAAUGCUCAAUGUGGGCGGGGUUGGCAGCGACGGACACGCAGUUGCACCAAUCCAGCACCGCUCAAUGGAGGAGCCUUCUGUGACGGCCCACCAUUCCAGAGAGUCACCUGCACCACCCUCUGUCCAGUGGACGGAGGCUGGACUGAGUGGGCCAAGUGGUCAGCGUGUGGGACAGAGUGCACACACUGGAGAAGCCGUGAAUGUCAGGCGCCCCCACCCCGUAACGGAGGACGUCACUGCAGCGGCAGCAUGAUGGAGAGCAAGAACUGCACUGAGGGACUGUGUGCCCGCUAUAAAAAGGUUUCUAUUGAACAAGCAACCCAUCCUCUGGGCUCCGGCGCCGGUGUAGCGGUGUACGCAGGGCUGGUGGGGGCUUUGCUGCUGUGUGUGAUCCUCGUGCUGUGUGUGGGCAUCCUGGUCUAUCGUCGGAGCUGCCGCCAUCUUCACGGUGAAAUCACCGAUUCGUCCUCGGCCCUUACUGCUGCCUUCCACCCCGGCAACUACAAACCUCCACGACAGGAUAAUCCACACCUACUGCAUCCGACAGCCCCUCCCGACCUCACAGCCAGUGCCGGAACCUUCCGCGGGCCGCUUUUCUCACUGCAGCAGGCCACCCUGGACUCUCAGCAUAAGAUCCCCAUGACCACGUCUCCCCUGUUGGAUCCACUUCCUAGCCUGAAGAUAAAGGUGUACAACUCCUCUACCAUGUCCUCCCUCGAGCUGCCAACUGGCCCGGGCUCCACUGACGGGGAGAUCAUGAGCCUGAAGACCGUGGGCUCUGGACCUAAAGACUACCAUGGGCAUACGCUGCCCAGGGAGCCCAGUCACAGUGCCAGUGCCACACUAGGCUCCCUUGGUGGCCGUCUCACCAUCCCUAAUACAGGGGUGAGCCUGCUGGUUCCACCAGGGACGAUUCCUCAGGGCAAGUUCUACGAGAUGUAUCUCAUUAUUAACAAGUGGGAGAAAACAACGUUGCCGUCAGAUGGAAGUCAGACCGUAUUAAGUCCGGUGGUGAGCUGCGGACCCUCUGGCAUGUUGCUGAGCAGACCUGUGGUCCUAACUCUGCCUCACUGCGCCCAGCUAGAGCCCCCAGACUGGACCCUCACCCUCAAAAUGCAGAACCAUCAAGGUGCCUGGGAGGAGGUGCUAACCGUGGGAGAGGAGAGUUUGUCAACCACAUGCUACCUACAGGUGGAGGAGCAAAGCUGUCAUAUUCUGAUGGAGCAGUUGGGGACGUAUGGUCUGGUGGGACAGUCGGCUCCUCCUCGGCCAGCCUGUAAGAGGCUGCAGUUGGCCCUCUUUGCACCCCGGGCUCCGUGCCUCUCUUUGGACUACAGUCUGAGGGUCUACUGCAUACAGGACACCCCACAUGCCCUUAAGGAAGUAUUAGAGGUCGAGCGAAGUCUGGGUGGGGUUUUACUAGAGGAUCCCAAACCUCUCCUCUUUAAGGACAGUUACCACAACCUGCGGCUAUCAAUCCAUGACAUUCCUCAUUCUCAUUGGAGAAGUAAACUCCUGGCUAAGUAUCAGGAAAUCCCAUUCUACCACAUCUGGAGUGGGAGUCAGCGUCCAUUGCACUGCACCUUCAGUCUGGAGAGAGGAAGCCUGGUGGUUUCCCAGCUCACCUGCAAGAUCUGUGUCAGACAGGUGGAGGGGGAAGGACAGAUAUUCCAGCUUAACACUGACAUCCAAGAGACUCUGCCCCCCCACUCACCACUGCCAGCAGGCGGUUCGUGUCUACCAUCGUCUCAAGUGGGCCCGUAUGCUUUCCGACUGCCCGUCUCCAUACGCCAGAAAAUUUGUGCCAGUCUGGAUGCCCCCAGCGCACGCGGCUGUGACUGGAGAAUGCUGGCUCGCAGGCUGGACUUUGACAGGUAUCUGAACUACUUUGCAACCAAACCCAGCCCCACAGGUGUGCUGCUAGACCUGUGGGAGGCUUGUCACCAGGGUGACGCAGACCUGGUCUCUCUGGCGACGGCUCUUGAAGAAAUGGGCAAGAGUGAGGUCUUGGUUGUCAUGACGACGGACGGAGAUUGCUGAUCGGCAAAUCAAAAGUGUUGAAAGGAGGCAUAUUUGCCACUAAAAACCUAGAAUUAAUGCAAGCGGAUGGAAACUGCGUUCCAGUGCAUCGUUACCUCAGUUCCUUUGUGCUCAUGCAGAAUAUUCCAAGGAUCACAACGGGGUCAGGCACUCUGGAUGAUCUCCGAAUAAUACAUAUCGAAAUGUAGCAAACGUGACGAUGCUGCAAUCACAAAAAAAGAGAUGUUGUUUCAAAAGCAAGUCAGUGCAUUUGCUGGCACGGUUCCGAUCGGCUCAUGAUUAAAUGAUAGUUGCAUCAUAUUGAUACACACUGAUUCUCUGCUACACAUACCAAGUGUUAAAGUACACGAUCAAAUGCCAUUGCACAUCAAGCUGCUGGCUUUGUUUCCUAGCGACCACUAGAUGCUUAAAGACACUGAGAUUCUGUGUCCGGUAAAACAGCAGUGCGCCAAGCUCCUCAGGAAACAUGCUCACACAGAAAUAAACAAGAGUAUAGAUGGAAACCUGGGUUACCAACAAGGAGCUAAGAUCAUCUGCCCUAAAAUGAGCUUUCAUGAUGAUUUCACUUGAAACAAACCACAUGCUUCAGAGAGUUACUUCACUUUGGCUUUAGUUUGAAGCAUUGUUUUCUGUGUGUGUCUUUUGAAAUGGCAUACAGGAAUGCAUUUGCGUGUUCUCGUUACCAGAGGACCAAUCUUUUUGCUGGAUUUUCAUCUUUUUUUCUCUGGUCAUACCUUCAUUAGCCUCUCUCUUUUUUUAUGUUCGAUUGAUCAUUUGUAACACAGGAGAGCUUUCUGGUAAACACAUAUUAGUUUCCUAUAGGGAACAGACUUUUUUUUAAGUUAUUAUCCCUAUUUGUGGAUCAUUGUUUUUCACUUUUCUGUUCGUUACUGCUGUUAUGCAUCUGCUGCGUUGUUGCAUUCGUCUCUUGGGCAGGAUUGCAGUUAAAAUGUGCAUUAAAAGAAACUGAGAUGGGAUGAAAUUAAAAAUGUUCUGCUGAGGUUAAAUGUGCUUUGAUCCUUCUUGGGAAAGCGUACUGCAAAUAUACUGCACUGGUUAAAUAAGAUGAAAAUUGUGCGGAUGGCAGAAAGCCCUUUUCGGGAUUUGAUGCCAGUCAGUCGUGCUGUUUAAAUUAUAAAUAGUAGCCUUGAGAGGUGGUGUAAGUGCUCUGUUGAUUGCAGUAUGACCCACUUGCUCUUUAUUGUCUGUUUUGACUUUCAGGUUUUAAUGGGUUUCCCUUGAGUAAGCCUGAAAGCCAUGUACCGCUUAUUAUCAGAAGUCAUAUAAUCAGUUGAAGUGGAUGUUGGUCCAUUUUUUUUUUUUUUUUUUUUUUUAUCUUGACGUUUUCUUCACAAGUGUUCAAAUGUCUGGCAACAAACAAAACAAAAAGAAAGUGCAGUAUAUAUGUCUGUAAAGGUGUGAAUUAAAUAACUGAGGUGUGUGUGAGAGAGAAAAAAAAACCUUGUGAGAGAGCUCCAACCUAUGAGUCAGUGCUACAGUGUAUAUGAAUGAACAGGCUUCAUCAUAUCUGUUAUUCCUCCUUUCCCAUUAUAAGUACUAUGCAAGUGCACAACAAAAAGUGAAUCUGUGGAAGUCUUGAUGUCUCGUGUGUAUGAAGUAUGUGGAAUGGGAAUCUUACUGCUUUCCCUCUUCUGAUCACUGCUGUAACUAAGCUGUGGAAAACUGGACCUCUUAGGCCUCUCAGCUGUAAUAAAUGCAAACAAAACGACUGACCCAUGACCUCUGUGUCAUUCCUAAUCAAUUAUUUAGGAAGCUUUUGACUUGUCACUUGUGCCCUCACAAUGAACAAGUUUGUAUGGAGGGUUAUUUUUAACCCUCUUCAUGACGAAGGGCGCAAAGAACAUUGAAAAUCCCUGAUGAACUCUGAAAUGGCUCUGAAAUGGUUCCAGUCUCUUUCGGUCGAUGUUACAUGAAAACGCCUUUGACAUGUCACAUGUAAAGCUUCUCUCUGGAUGGUAGUUGCUGUUUAUGGAUACUCAAGUGUGGCCGAAUUUAACCUUCUUUUUUUUUUCAGAUGUUAUUUUAUAUCAAAGAAGGUACAGAAGAAGUCAUGCAUUUUUUCCAUGUAAUGCUGUAAAAUAAUACUGUACAUAAAUGUUUAGACUUCUUACUGUAACUAAAUAUAAUUUUUAUGCAAUAAAUUAUAUUUCCUAGUUUAACAAGACAAGUGUGUUUUUGUGUCACUUUUAAAAAAUGGUUAUACGGCUCAAAUUGUGUGUGUGAUUGUUUUUCUUUUUCUUCUUUAAGAUUUUUGUCUUCAGGAUCAUCUUCGCAAAUCACAAAGUUGAAGCCAUGAGCUAACUAUUUCAUUCUCAUAGUUAUCAGAUUGUGGUAUCGCAAAUUGAAGCUUUUUAAAGACAUAUUAAAUGCAUAACAGGGUGAAGAACCUUUUCCCCUCAGUCUUUAUAGACUUGUUACAGAGAUGUGGAGAGGAUGCACUCUUCCGUUUAUCUCUGAGAUAAAAGUGUGCAUAAUGCCCUGGAGAGGAAGCAAGAGCGGUUGAGAGAGAGAGUGAAAAGGUUUUUAGUGUCUGGAUAUCACCCUCGGCAGCUGCAGUGGGCUUUUUGGUUUGAGCAAGAGACCAGUUUCAUCAUUUGGUUAAAAUGGUUGAAUAGACAUGUAAUCAUAUUACCUUCUGCUCUGAGUGUAUAUUCCAUCGUUCCCUGGAGCAAUUCACAUGCUUCUUCAGCACUUAACAUACACCAAAUAAAUUGCCAGACAUUCAUUCAAUCCAACGUUAUUAUGAUUCUGUUCCGCGCAAUAAUUUAAAUAAAGAAUUACAUCUUAGGAUUUGGAAAAUUGUAUUUCCCACGUUAAAUUACUUUUAUACGGAACUGACCAUUACGUCGUGUAAAUUUGUAAUAAAAAUUAAUUAUUAUAGAUACACACGUAGAAUAUUUAGCUUGAGACGAUCAACACAUUUUUUUAAGUUGUCAUUUACCACCAUCGUCUGGUAGUUAAAGGAACCACAAGUUGUAGCUACAAAGUCUGUGAUUCUAUGAAGAAUGCCAUAGUAUAAACAAAGUAUCAAAUAACUACAAUAUUUGUUUUCAGUGUAAUAUUUUUCCUGGGAUUAAAAAUAAAUAUGUUUGUUUUUCUCCAGUUUUACAUCGCUUUUAAUAAAUGUCAGUCUCAAAAAUGUAAAUUAAUCGACGUAAAUUAAUAUGCCGCCACACGGUGGAGCCUGAGUACAGGUACAUUGCUAUUCAAAUAAUUGCCUGUGUUUGUUGUGUGUAAAUAUGUAGUCUCAGACCAGUGUAUGGGAAAGGAUCGCCUCACUGUUUGUAUGCAUUUGUAUCGCCGCUAUUUUUCCCUCGGAUCUGCUAAAUCCAGUUUGUGGGGUUAUAUAUAUUCUAAGCAUCAAAAAUAAAAUGAAAGUAAAAUAUCUGUUUAACGUUCAAUAUAAAAGGAAAAAGGUGAUUGUCUGAGGUUCUUGUAACUGGACUACAGACUCAUGGUCCCUCCUCUCAUUCAGCGCUUCUCAUCUUUCCAAAAGUACAGGCACUUCCUUCUCUGAUGUUCAAUGUUUCUGCUCUUGUUGAUGAAGUUUAGCUAUUAGGUCGAUGUCUUCUGUGCAACAGUAGCCUAAUUCACAUUUGGCAACAUGUUGAAAGUGGUUGUUGAAUCCGCCAAAGGAAUUCCUAAAAAGACACUUGGAAUUCCAGAUCCUAUAGCAGGAGUUAUCUUUAAGGGU